UUUUACUCUUAUUUUAGUCCUAUGUAUUCUGGUGAUGAUGGCCGGAUCGAGCACCCUUUAUCCGCCACAGCCGAUGACGACGGCGCCGGUUAUCAGCCCGCAUUUCGUUGUUCCCUAUCCAGUAGAUCUGGCCGUUGUGAGAAAGGUAAUGACUCUCCAAGAAGGCAAGUUCGAAGUGCUAGACGUGAACGGGAACGUUAUGUUCAAGAUCAAAAGCAAAAUCCUCAGUCUUCGAGAUCGCCGGAUCUUGCUCGACCCCGCCGACAACCCCAUCUCCACUUUCCAGCAAAAGUCUAACAUGUCCAGCUUUGAACACCGACAUGACGGCAUGUCCUCAUUUUCCUUGGCUUUGUCCUCCUAUCCAUCGCUCCUUCGCAUAUUCUGCUCCACAACAUAAGCAAAAAGAGCUCUCUGGAAAUUGAAAAGUCAAACAAAAAUAAAAAGCUACAGUACGAAGACUUGUCAUAGCAGCCUAACAGGAAUAUAAUUACGUACAUAAGAAUGAUAGAAGAGGAAAACGAAAGCAGCAGAAGAAGAACUGAAAGGAAAGAGGAAGAAGAAGCGAAAGAUGGAGGUUGACUCCCGCCAGCGACCACCUGCAGUAGAUCUGAAUUAAUCGCAGCAGUGAUGUGCGCCUGGUGAGAAAAAUUUGGUCAUCAAUGGGUCUCACCUUUGUCGCCGCCUUGCCGAUAUUGACUGCACACAGAAGAUGGGAAGCAUUUAGGGGAGAAAGCACGGACUCAAAAGACCUUUUGUUCAGUGUGAAGAAGUCAUCUCUUUUGCAGCUGAAGACAAAGCUGGAUGUAUUCUUAGCAGCGAACAGUAAAGAAGAGGUGUGUGAUUUUUAUGUGGAGGGGAGCUGGUUGGCGAAAUCCUGUGUGGUGCAUGCACGUGGAGGGGAUGGGUCCUCUGCAAUUGUUGCCCAGAUGCACAAGAAACACACGGCUGGCAGCAUACUUGCUGGAAAAGACAACUUUGGGGUGACUGUCUAUCCAAACGUCGAUUAUGCCUUCAUUGUUUCUCUUGUUGUCAUUCUUGAGGAAAUCAACCGAGACAGAACAGGUGAGGACUAAUGGAUUGAUGUAUGUGUGAGCUAAGCAUUACCUAAAUGUAUAUGCUUUGCCAUCUUUGAAGACCUACACUUGAUUUAUUCUAGGACCUUUUUUGAGGCUAACAAUGAUCUAAAAGUGUUCAGAAGUUAUAUGUAACUGGGUUGGCAUCCAGGCUCCAGUUUAGGCUUUUGAGUAAAGUUUUUUCAGUUUACCUUUUGGUCUUUUUCUGUUGAAUAGUUUAAGCUAAUUUGUACGAAGUAAUAUUUUUCUCACAACUGUAGUUUCAAAU